UAUUUUCCUCAUUCUUUUGGCUCAAUAGUUUCUUCACACAGUCAUCAUUGAGUAGUUUAGGUAUAUAAACAUAACUUUUGUUUCGCUGCGCCAACAGUGUUUACAAAUCAAGGGUGCCUUCUGUGGCCGAUAUCUAAAAUAUUGGUAGUGCUAGAAAUAAAAUAACCUAAUAAAAUAUACUCACGAUGCAAGUGCUGUUGGAGGACUGGCACAGGAACCAGUUUGCUACAAACCGACAAUAACCGAGCCGGCUGCACCCAGCGCCCCAAUAAGGGCCAUCCACUCUGCUGCGAAUCUCGACAUGAACUUAUGAAACAUCUCACGUAAAUAACACGAAUCUCGCAAUAUAUACAUGUGAAUCUCACAUUACGUUAGCUGUUAAUUUUAUUAGAAUUUAUUAUACGUAAAAUAAGAUACUCAAGCACCAAUGCUUUCAUCAAUCAAAUUCUAUGCCAAAGGCAAGUACAAACGAAAGCUGCUGAUCUGCACAACGAUACUGCUGUUCGCACUCUACGUCCUCUAUUUGCUGGAUUUCCAUUCGAUUAGACAAAACUGCUUCAGCCAGCAGUUCCAAAACCCUUCGCUGGUUUUAGAGGACGUGCAGCGCGCUCGACAACAACCGCUGGAAGGAAAAAAUAUAUUUUUCCACGAAACUUCCUGUUCCGGUGAUGGAGUUAUUCACCUCAAUGCUCGGCAGGCUUGUGCAGUGGAGUCGGCCGCCCGGAAGAAUCCUAACUGGAAUGUGUUCGUUCUGUUCGCCGCACCGGUAGGGUUUCGUAACAAAAGCCAACUUCCGCUGAUAGAUGCUAUGCUGUCAUACUCGAAUGUUCAUUUGCGUUUUGUGAAUUUGACGACCUACGCACACGAAACUCCGCUGGACGAUUGGAUGAAAAGCGGUGAAAUCUUCCGUUCAAAGUAUAUGAACUCUCAUUUGUCUGAUAUUAUGCGGUAUCUAACGCUAUAUAAGUAUGGUGGGACGUAUCUGGAUUUAGAUGUGGUAGUUCUGAAAUCUUUUGACACGUUGGAACCGAACUACGCUGGGGCAGAAUCUCCACGCUGGGUUGCAGCCGGGGUUAUAAACUUCGAACCGAGUGGACACGGGCGUGAGCUGGCGGAAAUGUGCGUCAGGGAUUUGUUAAUCAACUUUAACGGCCAGGACUGGGGUAACAAUGGGCCUGGAGUAAUUACACGUGUGCUGAAGCGUGUCUGUGGAACGAAUGCUCCUUUAUUGAUGACCCGCGAGCGGUGUCAGCACUUCACCGUUUACCCACCGGAAGCCUUCUAUGCUAUCAAUUUUGAAGACUAUCGGCAGUUCUUCGAGGAACGCUGGCUGGAUAAAGCGUUGACUACUGUCAAUAAAUCGGUCGUAGUGCACGUGUGGAACAAAUUCAGCAAGGAUCAUCGCGUUCGGGUUGGUUCCCAAGUAGCGUACGGAGUUUUAGCGGAACAAUAUUGUCCCCGUGUGUACAAGGCUAGCGGUGAGUUUUUCUAGAAUAGUUACUAUCAUGUAUUUAGCUUUAGCAGUGAGUUGCACUACUAGUUGGCACAUGAGUUUCACUUUAGGAGUUUCCACUCGAAUGUUUGAGCAACAGUAUUAUAAUCGAAGCAUUAAAGUCAGGAGUUUGCAUCGAACAAAUGUGCAUUCCCAAUUAGGUUUUUGUUAUUUCAAAUAAUGCAGCUCUUUGAAUUCGAUUUAUUUUUACUAGAAAACGAAGUACGUAACAUUCUUAACCGAAUCUCAUGGAGCAACGAAGUGUGGUUUGUUUUUAUUUAACUUUUGGUGCAAAAUGGUACUUGGGAAACUCAAUGGUUGCGUUACACUUCACCGCCUUUUAUUUUUAUGUAGUUCAUAAGAGAAAAUAUGAGCAGCAAAUGAAAAAAAAAUAUAUACAUAUAUAUAAACACUUUCACAUGGUUUGCAUAAUACCUCUUUUGUUUUGAAUUGGUUUUGAAAGCAAUGCUAUAUACCUCAAAAUUGUCAUAUCAUAUGAUUAUUUGAUCGAACAAUGUCGCACAAACUCAUCGAUAGUUUUUUCAUAAACUUAAAAAUACACAAGAAAGUCAAAACGAAAUGGUUAAAGGAAAAAAAACCUUUCUAGUACGGUUGUACAGUUAUGUCCCAGUGAAAUGCCGAAUACUUUCGGAUGCUGUUCUUGUUAUAUACUGUCAAAUGAAUGAGAUAUAUCCAUAUAUUAUAAUCUAUUGUAGGUAUCAUCUUUGUUUAAACUAUUUUUUAUUUAGUAUACCAUUACGCCCAAUAGACUUUAAGGUAUCGGUUUUAUUUUUAUAGGCAAUGGUUGAAGGAAAUACAAAGUGAGAUUACAUCAGAUCUGAAGGAAAACAACAUUGCAACUUAGUUUAUUCGAAAUGACCCUUUUAUCUACAUCCACAAAAAUAAUUGACACUGCUCAGCAAAAGUUUAAUCAGUGACAUCGAAGUUUACAACUGAUAUUACCUGUGUCAAUGUAGUUAAUGUCAAGCAAAACAACGUACAAACAUUAUUAUUAAAAUUUUCGUUCCCUUA